AUAUCUAAACAUCCUCCUAAAUAAUAAUCUCAUGAGGUGGAAAACCUUCAAAUGAUCCGAUUCUUAUUACUUAAAAGUGAAAAAUAAUAAUAAAAGCCUAAACCUUGGUAAAACCCUAGCUCCCUCUCUGGAUUCUCUCCACACGGGCUCUCUCUGAAAAGGCUCUAAUCCUCGGGGAUUUUGGUGCUGGUGUUCAAAUGGCCUCUCGUUGUAGAUCUCUGUCGCAACCAGCAUUCUCUCUCAUACGAUCUACGAUUUCGAAACCAUCAAGCAAGCCCAAGUCCUCAGCUUUUCUCAACCACACUCGUUCGUCUGCUACAUUGCCGAGGGCGGUUCCUCAUCUUGGUUGCGUGCAGUCCUUGCUUCCCCUCCACUCAGCAAUCUCCUCAGCUCGCCUCACCUCUUGUCUUGGUAUAGAUUCAAGGAACUCCAGGUCGUUGACUCAGGGAAAGUGCAUCUACGUUGUCUUCUUUCUAAUAGAAGGUUGCAGGUUUUGCUUACAUUGUGGCCUGGCAUCGGGAAGUAUUGCAUCACCCGUUCCUUUUUGCAAUUUUUCCGCUUUAGAAAUUGCAAGGACUUAGAGUCAGAGUCCAUGUCUAUUAGGUCCCUAAUAUUUUAUUUUAUGUUCUUCAGUUGUUUUAGUAAUUUAAAAUGUCUUACAAUGCAAAUGGUCAAAAGUCCCAAGUGUCAAUGUCAUUUUUUGUGAGCCAUGCAUUGGCAGGCCGUGAUUUUUGCAUGAUUAGCCAUCUAUGCAGUCUGGAUCAUUUGCAGGGAUGGCGUUACAAUAAAUGUUUGCAACUGCAAUUCGAAUGAGAAACUGUGUUUUGUGACCAGUUUUAUUAGCUUAAUGCUUUGAUGUUAUGAGGGAUACAACUUAAUCUUGCAUUUGCUUGCUAUUUUUUAACUUUGGAUUCAUGAUGAUACAUUUUAUGGUAGUCAUUCUUAAAAUUGCAAGUCUUUAUGUUUAUGUUUGAAGAGAUGCUACGAGUUUCACUUGAGAAUCAUGCUGGUUGAUUGAGCGGAAACUAUAUCACUUGCCUUGUUUAGGUUAUUCUAUUGUACAAGGAUAUUUUGCUUGUGUAAACAGAUGCUUAAAUAGUGUUUUUACCCCCCUAUUUU